UAUAUUGUGCGCGUGCGCCGAUUUACAUAAAAGUAAAACAGCCACUGGAUUAAAAACAUUAAUAAUAAAUGGAAUAAUUUCCCUAAAAGCUUGUUGGCACGACGCUGCUAAAGAUUAUUAUCUUCCUAAUGGAUGUGGUAGCACAGCGGAGGAUGAAUCUGUCGGCGUGGGAGCACGGUUUUGCUUACUCCAAUUGCUACAUUCACAAACACUCGUGGAACUCGCUCGUCAAGAAAAGAGAACGAUUUGGUCUCAAACGCUGUGGGAAAGGUCUGAAGAAACAGAAGAAAGAGAGGAAACCUUCCAGCUACCGACACGUGCCGCACAGUGAGAAACCCCAACAUCUCGUGCAGAGACGGAAUGCGCGUGAGAGGCGGCGCGUGCAGGCCGUGAACAGCGCGUUUUCUGGACUCCGCAAACACAUUCCCUACGAGCCGAAACACAAGAGACUUUCCAAAGUGAAGACGUUGCGGAUCGCGAUCGACUACAUCCGGAACCUCGAGGACAUGAUAGAGACGCACGACCGCCAAGUGCAGGAGUUCAGACAGACCGUUCUCCUCAACUCCAGCUACAGCAACGGCUACUCCCCCGGACACACGGACGAACAGACGUGGACUAGAUCUACAGCAGAAUCUUUUGGUGACUGUUAUCAACGUCCACAACAUCAGCAUCAGCACACAGCCGAGAUCGCGGCAUCACGCCACGACUACAUGACCACGUACCCAACGUCUAUGCCGUGACAUAAGACCGCCACUAUUCUGAACAUUGCUGUAAAACAGAAGUCACUUUGUGGAUGUUAAAGGAUUGAUGGACUACACGCGUAUUAGUUUAUCAUCCAAUGUAAUAGUUUGAUUCUGCACUUCUGUCAAGGAAUAUCCAUUAUGUGUGUAAGAAACUCUUCAAACAGGCUACUUUAUGUACAAGGACAAUACAUGUAAUACCUUCAAACAGGCUACUUUAUGUACAAGGACAAUACAUGUAAUACCUUCAAACAGGCUACUUUAUGUACAAGGACAAUACAUGUAAUACCUUCAAACAGGCUACUUUAUGUACAAGGACAAUACAUGUAAUACCUUCAAACACAGGCUACUUUAUGUACAAGGACAAUACAUGUAAUACCUUCCAACACAGGCUACUUUAUGUACAAGGACAAUACAUGUAAUACCUUCAAACAGGCUACUUUAUGUACAAGGACAAUACAUGUAAUACCUUCAAACACAGGCUACUUUAUGUACAAGGACAAUACAUGUAAUACCUUCAAACAGGCUACUUUAUGUACAAGGACAAUACAUGUAAUACCUUCAAACACAGGCUACUUUAUGUACAAGGACAAUACAUGUAAUACCUUCAAACAGGCUACUUUAUGUACAAGGACAAUACAUGUAAUACCUUCAAACAGGCUACUUUAUGUACAAGGACAAUACAUGUAAUACCUUCAAACAGGCUACUUUAUGUACAAGGACAAUACAUGUAAUACCUUCAAACACAGGCUACUUUAUGUACAAGGACAAUACAUGUAAUACCUUCAAACAGGCUACUUUAUGUACAAGGACAAUACAUGUAAUACCUUCAAACACAGGCUACUUUAUGUACAAGGACAAUACAUGUAAUACCUUCAAACAGGCUACUUUAUGUACAAGGACAAUACAUGUAAUACCUUCCAACACAGGCUACUUUAUGUACAAGGACAAUACAUGUAAUACCUUCAAACAAAGGACGCAUUUGAAGUACCUGUUAGAAACAGGCGGUUAGUAUACACGAUUCUUUUAAACUUAGGGUCAGCUGUACCAGGAGGACGUACUUGGAUGCCGUGACUACAGAUACUUAUUUUCAUUUUAACAAUAGUUAACUUCCAAAAAGUACUUACUUUGCUAAUUAUAUUCAAAGAUAUCUGAAGUCUGCGCAAGCUAUGCCGUUUAGUACAGAAAAACCCUAACAUUUGAUGGCUUCAGCUACAGAUCCACAGACAACCAGUAGAUUAAUAAACUUUUAAUGUUUGUCCAACUUGAAAUCAGUAUCACUGUGCUAGUGUUAUGCUACAUGUUUUCUGAAAUUGUACUUUCCACAGACAUUCAACAUUUCUAAUUUAGUGGAUGUUGAAUUAUUUAUUUCUUGAUUACUAUAAUAAAUUGUGACCGCAAUAAAACAUAAAACCAUU